AAAGCAAAGCCAAUCUUUUCAACUAUCGUUCCUGAAUCAUCAAUACAUUCAGAGGCGGAUGUCGUCGUCGUCAUCGUCUCUGAUGCUCUUUCAACACCUCCCUUCCAUUCCCUUCUCCACUUCACGCCGCUUCACAUCUUCCUUUCUUCCCGAUUUCGCUUCUUCCUCAGCUUCUGCCUCUGCUGCUUCUAUUGCCCCCAAUUCUCCCUCAUUUUCCCCCAGGCUUCGCUCUGCUGGGAUCCGCAGCAGAAGAUCGUUUAACAAAUCUCUCUCUGUAUGUGCUUCUUCCGCUCUGCAGGCUCUCAUCUUCGACUGCGAUGGUGUAAUCCUCGAGUCCGAACACUUGCACAGAGAAGCCUACAAUGAUGCCUUUGCACAUUUUAAUGUCCGUUGCCCUUCGUCUGCUUCUGAAACCCUUAAUUGGGACCUUGAGUUUUACGAUGUGCUUCAGAACCAAAUAGGUGGAGGGAAACCUAAGAUGAGAUGGUAUUUUAAGGAGAAUGGAUGGCCGUCUUCCUCAAUCUUUGAAACCCCCCCAGAAAACGAUGCUGAUAGAGCUAAGCUGAUCGAUGCAAUUCAGGAUUGGAAGACUGAAAGGUACAAAGAAAUAAUCAAAUCUGGAACUGUGGAACCAAGACCCGGGGUUAUAAGGUUGAUGGAUGAAGCCAAGGCUGCUGGAAUUAAGUUAGCUGUUUGUUCUGCAGCAACUAAAGGUUCAGUUAUACUCUGUCUUGAAAACCUUAUAGGAAUUGAUCGUUUCAACGGUCUUGAUUGCUUCCUUGCUGGUGAUGACGUAAAGGAAAAGAAGCCUGAUCCAUCAAUUUAUUUGACAGCAUCAAAGAUAUUAGGUGUGCAAGUAACAAAUUGUUUGGUGGUAGAGGAUAGUGUCAUCGGGUUACAGGCUGCAACAAAAGCGGGAAUGUCAUGCGUGGUCACGUAUACAUCCUCAACAGCUAACCAGGAAUUCAGCGAUGCAAUUGCAGUGUACCCUGAUUUGAGAAAUGUAAAGUUUGCAGACCUAGAUUCGUUGCUUCAAAAUGUUGUAGCUGCUAAGUAAAUCAAUUUAAAUCAUCCUUAAAAAUAGUUAUCAAAUUGU